AUGUUUGCUUGUGUUGAUUAUCGACCAAACAAGUACCAAUGUGUCCUGUCACGGUUCUGUAUUGGUUCUGUAAGGAUUUCGACCACUCAACAUCGUGUUGGGAUGGCACCCCAACCUAAAGCGUCUUCUGAAUCCCUAAAACAGAAGAGUCUCAAGUCAUUCUUCUCUAAAGGUCCUGCCAAAGAGGCCGCCAAAUCUACUCACAAUUCACCAAAGACUAACGCGAUAGGGAAAGCAGCUCCCUCCAACUCCGUACCAACCGCGUCAAAACGCAAGGAUAUACCCUCUUCUUCUCCGGAGCCAAAAACCCCCGACUCUAAAUAUCCUAAUGCGCGGUAUUUGAGCUCGCCGCCUGCUGCUAGCCCCGCAUCCUCUCUUGGGAUGACCACCCCGCCGACGAGCGAUGCGAUAGACGUAGAUAUGUACUCACAAGAGGAGGAAGAGCCUCGUUCGAUUAAGUCGACUCACGGGAAGCGUAAAGUGGUAAUUGAAGAUUCAGAUGAAGAAGCCUCCAAACAGCGCAAAUCUUCUCAUCGUAACUCCUCGCCUUUAAAUGCCAUUCAGAACAAGCACGCCAAGAAACCACGCAUAUCCAUGGUACUCAGUGACGAUGAAGACGAGGACAGAGAAAUAUCGACCUCGGUCACAUCCUUCACCCAACGGUUCACUCGUUACAAAAAAUCACCCAAGAAGAAAGCGCGUUCAAAGGCAUCAGAGACAGAGGAUGACGACUUCAUUGCUCCCUCGGACUCCGACGUCGAGGUUAAAUCAACCAAAUCUUUUUCUUCUCGCUCCUCUGCGUCUUCUCAUCGUUCACGCGCCUCGUCUGAGGAGGAAUCGGAGGACGACAAGCCUAAAAAGAGCAAAUCAAAGUCGACUCGCGCGCUUAAACAGACCUCAGCAAAGGAAAAAGCUACCAGGGUCGCAGAGUCAGCAUCUGGGGGCUCCUCCAUGUUCUUGACCAAGGCGGAGCAACGUGAGAUUGGGAAGAAAGAAGAAAAGAAGGCCGCUGAGUCUCCUUACUCCUUCUUAGCUGAUAUCAAGGAUAAAGAUGGCAGGAGGCCGGGAGAGCCCAACUAUGACCCUCGAACCAUUUUUAUACCAAAGAGCGCUUGGAAGGAUUUCACUCCAUUCGAGACACAGUUCUGGGAGAUCAAGCAAAACCAUUACGAUACUAUUUUAUUCUUCCAAAAGGGUAAAUUCUUUGAGCUUUAUGAAGACGAUGCUCGUGUUGGACAUCAGGUGUUUGACCUGAAGUUGACAUCGAGAGUCAAAAUGUCAAUGGUUGGUGUCCCAGAAAUGUCCUUCAACUUUUGGGCAGCGAAAUUCUUGGGCAAAGGUUACAAGGUUGGGCGCGUCGAACAAGCCGAAACUGCCCUUGGCGCAGAAAUGCGGAUGGCUGCGACUAAAGGAAAGGCAAGCGAAGAUAAAAGCAAAGAUAAGAUUGUACGACGAGAACUCAAUAAAGUGUAUACGAACGGCACACUCGUCGAUCCCGAGCUCUUGACGGACGAGCAAGCUGGACACUGCAUUUCUAUUUGCGAAGAAGGCUCGGAGCCUUCUAAUAACAAGUUUGGAAUAUGCGUCCUCGAGUGCUCCACAUCCCAGUUCAAUCUGAGCAGUUUUGAGGACGAUGUUUGUCGUACCAAGUUGGAAACGCUGUUACGGCAGAUCCGACCGAAGGAACUCGUGUACAAAAAGGGAACUUUGUCCGUGGCGACUCAGCGAUUGCUCAAAUCGAUCCUUCCCCCUGCGUGUUUGUGGACGGGUCUGCGUAGCGUAGAGGGAUUCAACUAUGAGGCGACACUGCAGGAGAUUAAAGCACUUUUUCCCCCUGAAGAAGAUGACAAUAUGGACGAUACUGAUGAAUCUCUAUUACCGUCCUCUGUUCCCGACUGCAUUCGAGAAAUGGGUGGCGAUCAAAGCGCAAUCGAAGCUUUGGGGUCAAUGAUCUGGUAUCUCCGUCAACUGAAUAUUGAUAAGGAUAUCCUGAGUAUGAAGAAUUUCAAUGUGUACGAUCCAAUGAAAAGGGGUCGGGGACUCACUCUCGAUGGACAGACUUUGGCACACAUCGAGAUACUCCUUAAUAAUGAAGGAACAGAAGAUGGGUCUCUUCUGACGUUAUUGAGGCGCUGUAUCACCCCGUUCGGCAAACGACUCUUCAGAAUCUGGUUGUGUAUGCCUCUUUCCGAUAUCUCGGCGAUAAAUGCGAGGAAAGUUGUUCAGGACAUCCUGAAGCAUCCAACCUUUGAGGCGUCCUUCACUGGUGUAGCUAAAGGAUUGCCGGAUUUGGAGCGUAUCGUCUCCCGCAUUCAUGCUAAGAACUGCCGUAUAAAAGACUUCUUGAAGGUCUUGUCCGCAUUCAAAACUAUGAAUAAGGGCUUCAGCAAACUGGCAGAUGAGUCGGAAGACUUCGAUUCCAAGACCAUUCUUGGUUUGCUUCGGAAUGCGCCUGAUUUAUUGCCAAACAUAAAAAAUGUCCAGAGCAUGUACGAACCAACGGAGGAGAAAGAGGCGGAUGAGCUGGUACCCCAAAAAGGGAAGGAUGCAAGAUAUGAUGAGAUUGUAGCGGAGAUUGAAGAGCUUGAAGAAGGCCUCGAAGAUCAUCUGAAGAAGUUUCAGAAAUCUCUCGGGAUAAAGCUGGAAUACUGGCAUAGCCAUGUUGGGAACAAGGAAAUCUAUUUAAUGGAGACCCCCGCAAGUGUGAAGAAAGAGAAGGUCCCGAAGGACUGGAGUAAAAGUGGUGGUACCAAGGCGAAAACUCGAUACGUAGUUGGCUCCUUGCAAAAGACUGUUCGCCAACUGAAAGAGGCUCGGGAGAACCGCAACACCGCUAUCAAGGCCUUCAAGUUCCGGCUCUUCGAGGAAUUCGACACGGAUCGAGUUCUGUGGUUGCGUGCCAUCAGGGUCUUUGCAGAACUGGAUUGCUUGUUCAGCUUGGCCAAGUCGUCCGCUGCUAUCGGAGAGCCUUCUUGCCGACCUGAAUUUGUAGAGGGUGAUGCCGCUUUUGUCGACUUUGAACAACUGCGGCAUCCCACAUUGUGCUUGAGCACGAAUUUGAAGAGCUUCAUUCCGAAUGACGUGAAAUUGGGAGGUGAUGAGGGAAAGAUCGCGCUGCUUACAGGUCCGAAUAUGGCUGGAAAAUCCACAGUUAUGCGCAUGACGGCCGUAGGCGUCAUCAUGGCGCAACUCGGCAUGCUUGUCCCCGCUGCUCGCGCUAAAUUGUGCCCCGUCGACUCCAUCAUCACAAGAAUGGGAGCCUAUGACAAUAUGUUCUCAAAUGCAAGUACAUUCAAAGUCGAACUUGAUGAGUGUUGUAAAAUCUUGCGUGACGCUACACCUAAAUCCCUGGUCAUUCUUGAUGAACUUGGAAGAGGAACUUCAACAUUUGACGGAAUGGCGAUUGCUGCUGCGGUUCUUCACCAACUUGCAACUCACACAUUACCCCUGUCAUUCUUCGCAACACAUUAUAGCUCAUUGACGGACGAUUUUGCAUAUCACCCUAACAUCAGAAAUAUGCACAUGUCUACAAUCGUGGACGAGGAAAAGAGAGAUCUCGUCUUUAUGUUCAAGCUCGUGGAAGGCGUUGCGGAAUCUUCAUUCGGCACCCAUGUGGCUAACCUUGCUGGAGUACCCCUCCCCGUUGUUGAACGCGCCGACGUCAUCUCCAAAACUUUCGCUCAACAAUUCAAGGAGAAGUUGCAAACUAAAAAGAAACAUGAUGCUUCAUCCAGACUACCUCUCGUCGCACAGGCUGAUUUCACGUACCUGUUUAAAUUGGCAACAGGACAGCUUGAGCUGCCCGAGAAUCCCGUAAGAAGGCAAGAGAUUCUGAACCGCCUGAAAGAGACGGUUCAACGCUACCUUCAUCACUAA